CCACCUCUGCCAAAAUACACCAUCUACUUAUUUCAAUUAUCUGUCCCACCCUGCAUUUAAGCAGAGUACCAAGACUCUGUUUCCUACAAUGCAAUCUCAUUCCUCCUUCCUCUUCAUGGCUCCUCUUUUGUACCUUAUUCUUUGUUUCAUGUCUAGUUCAAGCAGUGCUCAGGGUCCACCUUCACCUGGCUACUCCCCAAGUUCAAAAAUCGAUUCCAUCAACUUUGAUCAGGGCUUUAGAAACCUCUGGGGUCCUCAGCAUCAGAGAGCAGACCAGGGCUCAAUAACACUCUGGCUUGAUAGUUACUCAGGAAGUGGGUUCAAGUCUUUGCAUGCAUAUCGAUCUGGGUAUUUUGGUGCUGACAUCAAGCUCCAAUCUGGCUAUACUGCUGGGGUCAUCACAUCAUUCUAUCUUUCAAACAACGAAGACCACCCGGGGAACCAUGAUGAAAUCGAUAUUGAGUUUCUGGGAACUACGCCCGAUAAGCCAUAUACUCUGCAGACGAAUGUAUAUGUCAGAGGCAGUGGGGACGGAAAUAUUGUUGGAAGAGAGAUCAAGUUUCAUCUCUGGUUUGAUCCCACACAAGAUUAUCACAGAUAUGCUAUACUGUGGAAUCCUUCUGAGAUAAUAUUCCUAGUGGAUGAUGUGCCAAUAAGGAGGUAUCCAAGAAAAAGUGAUGCCACAUUUCCAUCAAGGCCAAUGUAUUUGUACGGGUCGAUUUGGGAUGCAUCAUCUUGGGCAACUGAGGAUGGAAAAUACAAAGCUGAUUAUCAAUACCAACCCUUCAUCGGUAGGUACACAAAUUUCAAAAUAGGCGGCUGCACAGCCGAAGGGGCCGCAUCAUGCAACCCGGCCUCCGCCUCUCCAUCUAGCUCCGGCGGCCUGAGCCAACAGCAGUACUCUGCCUUGGAAUGGGUGCAGAGGAAUUAUUUGGUUUACAACUAUUGUCAGGAUGCAAAGAGAGACCACACCCUCACACCCGAGUGUUAAAAGGAUAUAUGUCUAAGUUGUCCGAAUUGAGUGUGGUUUGUUUGAGUUGUACGUGAAGAAACAGUUAGUUUUCUUGUGAAGAGUUUGUUUUGGGGGGGGGGGGGUCUUGAGAUGGGUCCCUCUUGCGAAAAAUAGAAGCAAGAGCAGUUGGGCGUCCAAGCCCCCCCCGUAGACUUUCAAGGUUUUCUUGUUUAUGUUCUGCUAUUGAUGUUACUGAAUUGUAGCGUCGAAUAAAACGGAAUAAAGAGUGCUUUAAUGAA